AUGGUGCUGAGAGAAUGGGAUCUGUCGCAGCUCCGUCAGGUUUUGCCGCUGGAAGAUAGCGAGCUCGUUCAGAUCGUCGACUACGCCAAUCGGCUCGACGACUCAGAAGCAAAGGCACAUCUGCACAAUCUUUUGGGCGACUCCGUGGCAUCCACCGAUUUUAUCGGCUCCUACAUGGAGCAUCGAGGCGGGUUGUUGCGAGACCAAUCAACUGUGGUCAACGGCCCGUCGCCUUUGGAUAUGCCUGCAACUGAUCUCUCGAAUAAUAAAGUCUGCCCGCCUAUGGACAACAAAGACGACGAUGCUCCACCACCGUAUGCCAGCAGUACGAGCUCCGGCUUUGCGCAUCCCCGUCACACAAACGCAGUGAUGGAGGCGGCAAAAAUUCGCGCGGAGGACGAGGUAAAUCAAGGAUCUGAGGCGGUUCUGAGCUCAACUGACGAUCCGCAGCAAGAAAUGCAACAGCAGCUGCAAGUGCUCCAAUACAACUACCGCAUUUACAACAGCGAGAUUGAGCCGGAGCACGACUCGGACUACCUGUGCGUUUGUCCAAUCCACAAGUACAAGCGUAGGAAAAUGGCGCGAGUCCCAGUUCUGGAGCGCUGGUCCAAGGCGGUCCAGUACCCAGGCGAGAAGUUUUACAGUGACCUGCAAGGCGUGGCGGUGUUCAGCUGGAACCCAUACAGCAUGCUUCCUUCCGUGUUUGGGUAUGGCCAAUCGGUACGAGGCAUGGGCUCAUUUGGCAUGUGCCAGCCCUUGGCAGACUGCCAUGCGGCAAAUCUUAGGCAGACGAUUGCCUUGAACAAUCGGCUGAACAGAGAGGCACAAGCAAAAGUCAACGACUACGAGCCGAAGGUCAAUAUCUGGGAAGCCGAGGACGAAGUGGUGGAGAAAGAAACGGCAUCCCGGUUCGCAAAGUUUCGCAAGGCUCUUGGCGGCAAGUCGUCCACAGAAAAGGCACAAGAAAAGGCAAAGGAGGUUCGAGAAGCCAUCCUGAACGAGGAGCAGGGCCGGUGGCCCGACGCGCAAUGGCAGCACAUUGUGGCGACGUACCAGGACAAGGUGGGAAUGGCGGGGAAGAUUGCAGCGCUUCGAUUAAGCUGCCCGGUGCAGUACCUACAUCUCCUCCGAGCCGGGUAUUUUGAGCCGAUCCCGGUGGCGUGGGCCAACCGGGCGUCGAACCCGCUAAAGUUCAGCGUCGAGGCGGCUGCAGGGAUCCGGGGCAUCACGCCCGUGUGGAGAGGGUAUGAGGACCUGGCCGAGGAGCGGCUGUACUGGGUGCUCAACCACCGCGAGGGCUCUGUGGGGACACGGAUGAAGCCGGACUUCAUCUCGGAGAUGGCAAUGGCGCAUGCGCGGAUGGCAACGGCAGUGGAGCCGCCACCGCUGUACUUCUCGGCGGACGACACAUGCCAUGUGCAACACACGACGGCGGGCUACUCGAGGCAGGUGAUGCCGGCGCCUUUCCAGGCGUAUGACCGGCCAGAGGUGGCCGAGGACGACAGCAUGAUCCUGCUGGAUGUGUCGGGGUCGAUGGGCUUUGAACCGCUGCGGCCUGUGUACGAGCAGUACCUGGUGACGGGGUAUGAAAAGUCGACGCAGCCGAAGAACCGAGGUGAGAGUGGGAUGGAGAGACACAGAGACGAGAAGGCGGCUAACGAAACAGAUGUGGCGCGGGCGGUGGUUCGACGGUUCACAGACGCCUUGGCCAACCACGACCACCAAUCGAAGGGCUAUGACUUGGUGACGUUCGCCAAUAGGGCCCAUUACGUCGGCACGGUCAACCAUGUGAACUUUGACUCGAUGUGGGGGGGCAUCCGCUUUGGUGGGGGCACGAGGGUGAUGACAGGCUGGCAGAUGGUCAAGGACCUGCACUUCCAGAAGCACUCGGGCAGCGCAGUGCAUCACGAAGUGUACGGGUGGCAGGCCGGGCCGGAGACGCCGAUGCUGCGGCUGCUAUUGCUGCUCGACGGCGAGGCCACGGACAUGGACGAGUUCGAGCUGGACCUGCUUGGGUUAUCGUGGGCCCACGUGACCAUAUUUCUGAUCGGCGUGGACGGCUGUCCGCAUCACCACCGGCACGCCAACGAGCUGCAGCGGAUCAGCGACGUGAACCACCACGUGUCGUUUGUGGACGCGCAGGGCAACUGUCCGGAGCGGUUCGUGACGCACGAAUUGCUGAAGCGCCACCUGGGCUAUGACGUCUCAAUGCGCGAGUUUGAGCAGAUGGAGCGGCCGCCGGUGUACGCGGAAAUUGCAUGA